GCUGACAUACAUGCAUAUUUACUAUUUAGAGAGAGAAGGCAGUCGCUGCAAGACCGUGAAUGCAAGCUCGAAUCCUUCCGGAGAUUUUCGACUCCUUAUCUGUGUGUCCGACCCUUUCCGAGACCAAGCAGCUCCACGCCGUUCUCAUCACCGCCCGCCUCUCUUCACACGCUCCUCUCGCCACCAAACUCCUCCGCUCCUACGCCGCUCACGACGACAUCUUCUCUGCCCGUCUCCUCUUCGACCGAACUACCCACAGGACCGUCCGCCUCUGGAAUUCCAUCAUUCGAGCCCAUGCCCGGCGCCAUGACUUCUCCCGCAUCAUCUCUCUCUUCACUCAAAUGCGGCGUUCGGGCACCAGCCCCGACGGCCAUACCUUCGCCUGCAUCCUCCGCUCCUUCUCCGAAAAUUCUAAUCUCAGAUGUGCCAAGAUGGUGCAUGGUAACUUGAUCUCUUCUGGACUAGGCGCUGAUCCAAUAGGCAGCAGCGCCGUGAUCAGUGCCUACUCCAAACUAGGCCUUGUGGAUGAUGCCCGCUCCAUGUUUGACGUAUUGCCUGAGCCGGACUUGGUUCUCUGGAAUUCGAUGAUUUCAGGAUAUGGUUACAAAGGGCUGUGGCAGAAGGGACUUGCAUUGUUUCAUAGAAUGCGAGAAGCCGGUGAGAGGCCGGACGGGUAUUCAUUAGUUGGGCUGCUUUCAUGUUUCUGGGACCGGAGCUCGCUUCUCUUUGCUAGCGGAAUUCAUGGGAUUUGCUUGAAAGGAGGGUAUGAUUCGAGCCCCCAUGUCAGGAGUGUGCUCGUGAGCAUGUAUUCGAGGUGCGGCUGCCUAGAUUCCGGCUAUCGGAUCUUCAGGGGUUUAUCUCGGGCUGAUCUAGUUACCUGGUCAGCUCUCAUCGCUGGGUUCUCACAGGUGGGCAGGUGCAAGAAGGCACUCACGCUGUUCAAAGAAAUGAAUAGCUCAGGAGAAAGGCCGGACGCUAUCUUGGUCGCCGGCGUUCUCUCGGCUUGUGCUUCUGUCUCAGGGAUAGCACCUGGCAAAGAGAUUCAUGGUCAUGCAAUCCGGCAUGGAAUGGAGCUAGACGUUGCUGUGUCAUGUGCUCUCAUUGAUACUUAUGCAAAAUGUGGUUUUGCUGAAUUAGGACUUCGGGUAUUUGAAUUGAUGCCAUGCAAGAAUUUGGUUGCAUAUAAUACUGCAAUAUCAUGCCUUGGGUCUCAUGGGCUUGGGCGCGAGGCUGUUCGGGUUUUCGAGGAGAUGCUGGACAAAGGAUUCAAGCCUGACGGAGCUACAUUCUCGGCUGCACUCCUUGCUUGCUGCCAUUCUGGGCUCCUGGAUGAUGGAUGGAGGUUAUUUGGAAGAAUGGCAGAUGAAUUUGGCUUAGAGGUGCAGAGGGAGCAUUAUGUGUACAUGGUGAAGCUGCUUGCUAUGGUUGGACAGUUGAAAGAGGCUUAUGAUCUUAUAGGGACGAUGCCGAUGUUGCCGGAUUCUGGCAUUUGGGGUGCUUUGUUGUGGGGCUGCAGUGUUCAUGGCUCUUUGGAUUUGGCGAAGAUUGCAGCUCAAAGGCUUCUUGAGAUAAAUCCAAGCAAGGCUGCUUACAGGGUGAUGCUUUCCAACAUAUAUGCUGCUGAGGAAAAGUGGAGGGAUGUUGGGAAACUGAGGGAUGAGAUGAUGAAUGAAGGUUUGCAGAAGAGUCCUGGGCUUAGUUGGAUUGGAGAUUGUAACGUAUAGCAUAUGAUGGUUGUUGAGCAUUUGCAAUCCCCAUAUAUUACAGAAAAAAAAGGGUAAUGUUUUCUUA